UCUGGCUUCUCUCUGGUUCUUCAUCUUCUUCUGCAGCGCCAUGAGGGUACUCGUGAGUACAUGUCUCCUUUUGACUCUGCUUCCUCCAGCGGCAUCUCUAGAUUGUUUGCAGUGUCUUACACCUCAGUGCGACAAAACUACCUCCUUUCUCUGUGAUGGUGAAGACAGUGCCAAUGAAGACAAAGUUUGUUUCAGCAAGGUCAUGGACUUCCCACUGAAUGGUAGCAACAGACUUGAAACAAAAUAUAUUUCAUUGGGAUGCAUCAGACGCCAGGAUUGUCACCCAGCCACUUACAGUGCCAGUUUAGAGCACAGUGGAUACAUCUACACACAAGUCCAAUGUUGUGACACCAACCUCUGCAAUCUACCUAUCAGUGUGGAAGAUCUAACCAACUAUGAAUUCAAUGAGAUGCAGUGCCCAGGUUGCUUUGCUGGUUGGCCAACAGGAAAACACCUUUGCUCAGCUCAGGGUACUGUCAACUGUCGUGGGCAUGAGAAUCGAUGCAUUGAAUUUACUGGUAGAUUUAACACACCCCUCUACUUCUAUCCCACAAUCAGUUUCCGAGGCUGUGCAACAGAAAGUAUGUGUGCCUUAGCAACAGGAGACCCAGAGGCAGCAACCGAUCUGCUGAAACCCGUAAAGGCAAAUGCGCGAUGUUCCCCUGCUUAAAUACAAGAAUCAAUAACAGCUUUUCCAGCCUGAAGGGUAGCUGCGGAAAAGCACACUCAUCCUUCUGUGAGGAG